GCGCGCGCAGCGCCAUCCGGCGCACCGCCCGGCGGCUCCACCCAGCCCGAGGGGCGCGGCCUGGGUGGGAGGCGGCGAGAGCGUGAGCGACACUGGCGCCUCCGCGGCGCGGCAGGAUUCACAGAUGGAGUCAGUGGAAAAGACAACGAACAGAAGUGAACAGAAAUCCAGAAAGUUUUUAAAGAGCCUAAUUAGGAAGCAGCCCCAGGACCUGCUCCUGGUCAUUGGGACUGGUGUGAGUGCAGCAGUGGCCCCAGGAAUCCGCGCGCUUUGUUCUUGGAGGAGCUGCAUUGAGGCAGUCAUCGAGGCUGCAGAGCAGCUGGAGGUUCUGCACCCUGGGGAUGUUGCAGAGUUCCGGAGGAAGGUGAUGAAGGACCGAGACCUGCUGGUUGUGGCCCAUGAUCUCAUUCGGAAGAUGUCACCUCGUACAGGCGACACCAAGCCCAACUUCUUCCAGGACUGCCUGAUGGAGGUGUUUGACAGUCUGGAGCAGCACAUCCAGAACCCUGUGGUGCUGCAGUCCAUCCUCAGCCUGAUGGACAGAGGCACCAUGGUGCUCACCACCAACUAUGACAACCUAUUGGAGAUCUUCGGGCAGCAGCAGAGCAGGCCCAUGGAGUCCCUGGACUUGAAGGACAAGACGAAGGUCCUUCAGUGGGCCCGAGGCCACAUCAAGUAUGGAGUUCUUCAUAUUCAUGGCUUGUACACAGAUCCCUGUGGGAUGGUACUGGAUCCCUCGGGCUAUAAAGAUGUCACUCAAGAUCCAGAAGUCAUGGAAGUCCUGCAAAACCUGUACCGCACCAAGUCAUUCCUGUUUGUGGGCUGUGGAGAGACCCUGCGUGACCAGAUAUUCCAAGCUCUCUUCUUGUACUCGGUGCCAAAUAAAGUGGACUUAGAGCACUAUAUGGUAGUGCUCAAGGAGAACGAAGACCAUUUCUUUAAGCAUCAGGCAGAUAUGCUUUUGCAUGGAAUUAAAGUGGUGUCCUAUGGGGACUGUUUUGACCUUUUCCCAGGAUAUGUGCAAGACCUUGCCACGCAGAUCUGCAAACAGCGAAGCCCAGAUGCUGAGCGAGUGGACAGCACCACUUUACUGGGUAAUGCAUGUCAGGAUUGUGCAAAGAGGAAGUUGGAAGAGAAUGGAAUUGAAGUUACAAAAAAAGUCCGACAGUCAGACAGCGAUGAUGCUGGAGGGUCUUGAAAUUUUUAAAACUUUGAAACUUGAAAACCAGCCUUCUGUAACCACAGUGCCAUGCCCAAAUGAUGAGGAAUGUACAGAGGACUCCAUAUGGAACUGUCACAUACCGCAAGAGCCUGUGGGUGUGUGGCCUUUGAGGUUGAAUGACAGAGCUCCACUGUGUGCUUAGCUGCUCAGGAGGUGACAUGGACACACUUCAGGUAUACUCUGUAAGGACUAAUGGACAGCUACCUCAGGGACCAAAUUGGGGGGUGGGGGUGGGAUGUGCCUGGCAUUGUUCCCUUUUCCCUUUUCCAUGUUUUCUUAUGUCAGGGUGUUAUUUUUCCUAAUACAUGGAGGAGAAUGAAGACUGUCCAAGCAACAGUAGUUGCCAAAGAGAAAAUAAGACAUAAACAUUUAUAUUUUAUAUCUUUAUGUGGAAACAUCUUUUGUUGUAGAAAGUUUUUACAAGAUGUGUUGGUUAAAUUGUUAAGUACAACAGAAUAAGUGGAUAGUAGAGGCACUGACUCCACUAGUGAAAAUGGUCAUUUUUAAAGGGAUGACUAGAUCAAUUGGGUUUCUUUGAAAUUGUGCUAUUUCAGUAAGUUCUGUUCCAAAGAAAUGGUAGAUUUGUCUGUCCAGAGAGACUGAAGACCAUUUUCAAAGUCUUUAUGUGACUUACAAGUUAAAUGUGAAGCACAAGACUAAGUUGUAAACUUUCAGAAGUUCUAAGCUCUCUAAGUCUUAUUUCUCGAGGAUACGGCCUGUCCUGUCUGUUCUCCUCUCUUCCCAUGGUUCAUAUUAAGAUUUACAUGGCUGGGGUAGGCAGU